AGAUCAAGGCAGGAUUUGAUAUCUGUGUAGUUUUGGUUAACAACCUUGUGUAACAAAAAAAUCUAACAAAUAUGGAAUUUUCCUCAUAUCAGAUGGCCAGUAUUUAUGUUUACCCGAAGAAAGUUGUAAUGAUUAUCAUUUAGAACCUUUAAUAGUUGUCGUCCUCUAGGAUUGGCCAAACGAGAACCCCAUUCUGGGUGUUUCGCGUUGUAAUCACCUCCUGCUAUAAAUUUGUUUCCCAAUGUAGUGAAAAACUGUUCAAACUUUUGUUUGGUUAUAAAAUGUCUGGGGGAACAAUAAAUUGGUGAACAUGAAAUAGGGCCUAACCAAUCUUCAAGAACAAUGCUGGAAGCUUGAAGAAAACACUCCUGGUGUACAAGGAAUAGAACUUGAAAAACGGCUCCCCUGUGAGCGAAUGCUGAUCUCCUCGUGGGAGCAGAGACACUUGUGCUCCCUUCCAGAAGACUUGCGCCAGUUUUAUUCAUCAACUGAUGGAUUCAGGUUAAUCUGGAACUAUGAGUAUGCAGCUCUGGAUGAAAUUUUAGGCGAAGUGCUUCCUAUCGGGAACUUGAGAAUCAACUCCAUAGCAGAACUGAAGCGUUUGGCAGGUGUGAAGAGUUCUGGUGACGCUGAGUGUCCAAAUUUACUUGACAUUGAAAUAUGCAAUCAAUCCGAGCCUCGGUCCACAAAGCCUAAUUUUGGAUCAAAAUGCAAAGUAUUCGAAUUGGAUCCAUGUCAAAAUGUGGCAAAGGUAUGCCUGGUCUACAUGGAGAAGCCAGAAGGGGAUACAAGAAAGGAAGAACCUAAGAUCUGGUUGCUCGACCGCAGCUAUGAGUGGCACUUUCUGGCCGAUACUUUUACUCAGUACUUCCGCAUGAUGCUCGUACAUCAGGGUCUGCCCCAAUGGCAGUUUCGGUUCACUCCAAUGGGGCUAACACCUUGGGCGGAGCAAAUGAUGUUUAUGAUUUGUCCACAUCUUCUGGCAGAGCAAGAAGUCAAGAGUCCGAGAUUCGAUCCAUCACUAAAUCAAAUUGAUCCAAGUAUAUUUAAAACCAGAAACAAAAGCUCCAAACAGAAGAAGGGUGACAAAUAAGUAUUUAGUGGAAGGUAUACUAUCCUUUUUCAAAAUAAUGAUUUAUGAUAAUGAAAAUAAAAAUCAUAUUUGUAACCUUG